AUGCGUAUCAUUGAUGAUCAACACGCCCAACUCUCAAAACAAAGGAAACAUCGAUUACAAGAAUACUCUAUCGGGCGCAACUUCUCCAGGUGGUCAGUCAAAGGUGAUGAUUCUGAACGGGCUAUAUACCGUCGCCUGGCUGCUCUUCUGGACAUUUUAUUUGAUGACAUCGGUGUGGUUGAUGGCGAGCAUGCAUGUGAAGCUAUAAAGUUAUAA